AUGGUGCUCCAUAAUCAUUGCAAAGUCAAUCUUUUGCUUCUGAUAUUAUUCUUGAGUUUUUUAAAUAUUAAUUUAUGUACACACUCGUUUCCAUCCGAAAACAGUAGCAGCAUUGUCUUGCAUGAUGAAGCUGUUGUACGAGUGGGAAUCAUUCUGGACAUGGAGUCAUGGACUGCAAAGUCCAUUCACAGCUUCAUAACAAUGGCAAUUUCUGAUUUUUAUGCACUUCAUGACAAUUACAGUACAAGGGUCAUUUUCCACACUAGGGACUCCAAAGGUGACCCUUUACAAGCUCUAUCAUCUGUUCUCGAUCUUCUGAAUAACGUAAAGGUGCAAGCAAUCAUAGGCCCAGAAACAUAUCUUGAAGCAAAGUUAUUAGCCCCGAUUGCUGAUAAGGCUAAAGUUCCAAUGUUUUCCUUUGCGGGUUCUCCCUCCAUGUAUUCUCCAUACUUGUUUCAAAUUACAGAAGACAAAUCAAUUCUGUCCAAAACCGUUACUACCCUUGUGGAAUCUUUCAAACGGAGGGAUGUUAUAUUUUUGUAUGAGGAUGCUGAUUGUAGGCAGGAGAGCGUCUCAUAUAUUCUUGAAUCAUUCCAAGACAAAAGUAUCCGAGUCACCCACAGAAACGCAGUUUCUGCAAUGGCCACAGAUGAUCAGAUCACUCAAGAGUUGCAAAAGAUCAAGAUUAGUCACACUAGGGUAAUUAUUGUACAUAUGCCGUCUUUAUUAGCAUCAAGAUUUCUCUUAAUAGCAAAAAGAUUGGGAAUGGUGAGUGAGAAGUACACUUGGAUUGUAACUUAUAUGACACUUGACAUAGUCUGUUCGGUGGAUAGUGAAGUUACAGAGUCAUUGCCAGGAGUGAUAUGUGUGAGGCCUUACAUUCCAGCAUCAAAGAAGCUGCUUAACUUAACUGCUAGAUGGUAUAAUGAAUGGACUACAAAGUACCCUACUUUAUCAUCAAGAGAGGUAAGUGUGCUUACUAUAUGGGCAUACGACACAAUUCGGGCGCUUGCAGAGUCUGUUCAAAGGGUUGGGGUUCAGUUAUCAUGUUCUGUGCCACAAUUUGAUUCCAUGCUUCUACACGAGAUCUCAAAAUCCAGAUUUCAGGGUGUAAGUGGUGAGUUUAGAUUUGUGGAUAGAAAGCUGGUCUCCAAUGGAUUCAAGAUUGCGAAUGUUAUAGGCAAUGGAGAGGAAAGACGGUCUACUAUCUCCACCAAACGUCGGAUACUGCGAACGACCAGUGAUAAAAAAUUGAAAGUCGGCGUUCUAGCACAUAGAACGUUUAACUACUUUAUAGAUGCAUAUUAUGACAAUUUGACCAAUAUUACCACUGCCACUGGAUUCUCUGUAGAUGUCUUCAAUACUUGCAUUGAUGCUUUACCAUUUGAUGUAUCGUAUGAGUUAGUUGCAUAUGCCAAUAAAACUAAUGACGAUCUUAUAAAGAAAGUUUAUGAUCAGGAGAUUGAUGCUAUCUUGGGAGAUUCAACAAUUCUUGAAAAGAGAUCUCAAUAUGUUGACUUCACGGCGACUUACACUGACUUGGGAGUAGGGAUGCUUGUAAGAAUCAACCAUAAUGACAUGUGGAUUUUCUUGAAGCCGCUUGAUGUGAAUCUUUGGCUAAGCUCAGUUGGGUUUGCUAUCCUUACAGGCUUCGCCGUUUGGGCAAUUGAGUCUAUGGAUCAAGGGUCCCAAAGAUCACCUGCUGAGCAAAUAUCAGCAACCUUUUGGUUCAUCCUAAUGACCCUAUUCUCCGCUCAAAGAGAGAGGCUGUCAAGUAACCUGUCAAAAUUUGUGGUGUUUGUUUGGUUACUGGUUGUCCUUAUUCUGAUUUCGAGUUACACUGCAACAUUGGCUUCACUACUAACUGUUGAACAGUUUCAAAUAGCAUCAAAGGGCGGAACUGUUGGGUUUCAUGGCGGCUCUUUUGUGGCAGGGGUGACUGUUAGCAACUUGAACUUUGAGAAUCAUAGACAUAAACCAUACUAUUCUUACGACGAUUAUGCAGAUGCUUUAUCGAGAGGUGGAAAACACGGUGGUGCUGAUGCAAUCAUCGAUGAAAUCCCCUACAUUAAGAUGUUUUUAGGAAAGUAUUCAUCUGAUUAUGCAAUGAUUUCACCUGAAACAAGUACUUCUGGUUUUGGUUUCAUCUUUGCAAAAGGAUCAACUAUGGCAGUAGAGAUGUCAAGGCAAAUUGCAAAAAUAAGAGAAAAUGGAACUCUCCAUCUUCUGGAGAAGAAGUGGUUCGAGAAACACUCAUCAUCAUCGCAGGAUGCUCUGACUAAGCCACGAACCUUGAAUUUUGAUAGUUUUCGAGGUUUGUUUCUUAUUAGUGGGAUCUCUUCGGCUCUAGCACUUAUGACAUCCGUGAUUUGCUUGCUUCGUGCAAAACUAGAGCUCCAUGGCAUUAUCUCCUUUGUAUUGCAGCAUAAUUUGAUCGCUAAUUUGAAGCGCCGAUAUCUUACCUAGAUUGACCAUUAGGAUGUAUAUGACUAACUAUAUUGCACUUUGUAGAAUCAUUUGGAUUUAUUAUUUUCAAGUUACAAGUAUUCAUGUAUCUUAUAUAGAUGUAAUUAUUUGAGUAGAUCUUUCGAUUGAUUUCUUUCGAAUUA